ACAGUAACCAGUAUGGCUGCAUCCAAAGUCUCGCAGAAAUUAAGCACCAUUGCUGCCUCAUGGCCUGUGGAUCCUUUUCGCCCCAAUAUACAGCUCAAAAGCUUUCUGCAGUCUUUAGCAGCGCACCCGAAGCUGACUCCUGAAGCGGUACAAGCGGCUGAGGCUCUAGGGAACAAUGCUAUUCAGAAAAAGUAUCCACUUUCAAAAAAGACGCUGCAGCCAGCAUCGAUGUCUAAGCACUACGAGCGUCUUGUAGAAGGAUUCGAAAACAGUGCAAAGGGGAUUGGGCGACCAUGGUGGAAGGUCUUUUUUGGGCUGUGGAGGUAGUGCCGACGGUUCACCGUACAUGGUGCUCGUUAGCACUCGGUGGAGGUGAAAAAUACGUCACGCAGACCCUUUCUCCUUUACGAAGCAUGAAAUUUGGGCUGCUAUUUUUCUCCCUCGCAUCUAAGCAAUCGGUCCGAUGGGACGCCCUGCCUGUGCCACACAUCCGAUCGAUAUUUGUCUUCUCCUAGCCGUUUAUACCACUGUCCAUCGCCUGCCACGAAUCGCCCAAACAACUCACUCGUUUAUGGAAUGGCUCCAUGAAUAUUUGACCAACUUGACGCUCUUUAUGUUUCAUGUCACCUGUGAGAGUACUGUCAUAGCUAAAUUUAACGAACGUUU